UGUUAAAAUGAAAGGUCUGCAAGUGCAUUGUAUGCAAGCUUCUUUAUUUGAGGAAGUAAUGUUGUACAGAUUUUUUUGUGGUGAUUACUGAGUUGGCUGCCGUGUGCAGAUAAGAACACGCUGCUGUACUGUGCAAUCACUGGCUUUCUAUCUGUAAGCUUUAGAGUUGUUGCUAUAAAAGACUAACCUUCUGCAGGUACUGUACAUGACUGCAACAGGUUCCUGACCCUGGGUCCUCUGGGCUGUCAGUCAAAGAUUCAUACUAUAAAUUGCUACCCAGCUCUAGACCAAGAAGCAGCAGCAGCACAGGAAUUCACAGGUCAGGUGAGAGUCAUUGACCUCUAUAAAAGCUUCCAGAUCCAGUUGUCUCAUUGAUCUGAUUAACUGGGGCAGAAGUGGGUAGACUUUCAGGUUUGUUUUAAAUAGAAACUUGAGAUCCACCAGCCAGAGUCAGGUUGAGGAUAGUGGGUGGGUCUGAGCACAUCUCAACCCAGGAAUUUGUUUCUAGUGACAAAAGUGAGUUAUUGAUUUGUUGGCACACAAAUCUCUUACUUGUUAUACAGUAAGCUUUCUUUCUUCCAGCAGCUGAAUUUAGAGAAACAAUACUUUGUUGUAUUAGUUAGUUACUUCGUAUUGCUUAGUUAGUCAUUUGGCUAUACAGAUUAAGGCUCUUUCUCAAGUUCAUGUCUAAACAUUGCUGCUGCUUUUACACCAAUCAUACUCUGUUUAAGAAUGUUGGUUCUGGAUUCUUAGUCAACAUGGGUGGUGAAUGUACAGCUUUUGAUGGCAACCUGCUUGCACCUUUGCCUGUAUUAUUCUGCGAAGCACUAUGUGUGGAAAGUGGAACUUGAGCCCCUAAAAAUGACUACCUGGUUGUGUGCAUGAGACUCAUCCAAACCAUAUUGGAAUGGAGGUUAACAUAUUUAUGUUAGGUGACUGCCACAAUUCAGCAGCAGUCCAUUUGUUGAAUUCUGUCCCAAGAGUGGUUCCCCUAAUGCAGGCAUUGCCAUCUUUUGGAUGCCAGGCGAAUAAGUUCUUAUUUUCCCAGGCAAAAAUGGCCACUGGUAUUGUGUUGGUUUUUGUGAUAUUCCUUUGGAAGCAGGGAAGAAAUAAUCUGUGUUGUAAUUGAUCUCCAUGCGCGAUUUUCUUAGUGUAUUAGUUUUUUAAACAGAUAUAUUCAUUACAAUUUUUUUUUUUGCGGCCAUGAGUUGUAUCAGGACUUCAGUGUUUGUAGAAAGCAAUACAUAAAUAAAUAAUAAUAGCAAGUACCCUGUGUCUAGACUUUGCAACUAUCAAGAGGCAAUGCAUUGUUGCACAUGAAAUUGUUUGAUGUCUUCUUAUGGAAAUUUUUGAUUCUUUUAAAAAAAACACUAUGAUUUUGCUUGCAAACUGCAUGGCAAAAGGCAUGAGCAACUAGAGAGCUGAGCUACAGGUCUCCCUGCAUUUUAUUAAAGGGUGUUCAGGAAAUGUUGAGAGGACUCCUUAAUAUCUAUUCCUGUAUCUAGAGUUUCAGUCUUAACAAUGUAAUUAAUAGCUUGGCUUGAGUGUUGCCUCCCCUCCUCCCCUUUGACACAAAUUGCAGGGAUUGGAAGUUGCGGUUCCAGCUAUACUUCUUGACUUACAUAUUAUUGAACUAGUUCACCAUUUCUCUUGUCAGUGCAGAGAGCAGGGUCAGGGACAGGCCAUUAAAGCAAUGGAAUGGCAGCUAAAUUAUCUAGCUGCAUUGGAAUUAUUAACUAAAUGGCUACUCCUGGACAACAGGUAAUCAUUUUUCUCCAGGCCAUUACCUCUGGAUCAAUUCAGAUGCCAUCUGAAACCAUAGUUUGUGAAGCUUAAAUCCAAACCUUUAUUACCACUAACUUUCUAUUGAAAUACCUUCCUGAAGUUAUCGGAAGUUAAUGCAGACUGACUUGGGCAUGUGAAACUAACAGUAUUGUCGGCAUAACAGCAUGCAUGAGAAAUUAUUCUUGCCAGAGAUGCCAAUAAAUAUUUUACUCUCUUUAAGUUAUCUCGUUUAUGUAAAAAUUGAAACGAGAUCUUACAUGAAGCAUUGUUUACAGAAAUGAAUGAGUAGAGCUCUUGGCAGAAGGACAGCAGGAAAAGACUACCGUAUGGCUUCAGGACUUCCAAGCUAUACUGUUGAUGAGGUACUGGAAUCACAGGGUGGGGUUGGAUAGUACUAGUGACUAAGAAUGUUAAAGAGUCCAACUCCACUUCUUCAGGUUCUGCUCUAGCAACAACAACUAAGCUUGUCUACUCUCUUACAGCCUCUCCCUUUCUCUGUCUCAUGUUUGCAGUGCACUCAUGCUGGUUUCGAAAUGGCACCAAUGUCCACAGCACUUUUCUGUCCAGUUAGGAAUGCUGAAGCCAGCUGUACGUUGUUCUACACUUCAGUGUUUUCUUAAGUGCAGUACAUAAAUGACAUUUGUAAAAGCUACACUUAAGUUUCCUUUAGAAACAAAGCAUAUGUAUUUGAUGAGUUCAGUAAUAAUUACUGAAUAAAUCUUGGCUACACAUCCUGGUUAGUGAGACACAGCUUAACCAUGAACCCAAGUUUGGAAUACAUGCUAAGCCAAACCUUGGCGUAGUUCAGCAAAGCCAGGGAGUACCGGUAUACUGUAUAUUAAAAAAGACCAGGAAGGAGCAGUAAAAGUGGUUUUAAACUUUGCUGCUACCCAGGAGUCUCCAUGUUUCCACAGUCCUGGUAAGCCCUGGGUGGCUUAGUGUGGUGUGCAAACUGGGGCAUUUUCUCAGAUGAGGCGGGGGAAGGUAUUUUAGAGUGCAAUUACAGUAUUGACUUUGCAAAUAUUAGACAAAAGGAAUCUGCAUCAACUUUGGUCUGUACUGCUUGCUCCUAAUGUAGCUAUAUAGAUGUAAACUAAUUUAUAUUAGCAGGUAGAAGCAACUGAUUACACUCUUAAGGAAUCCUCGGGUUGGUGUAAAAUUCAUUCCAAACUGUGCAGUAAGUGAGCCUGGGAAGUUCUGUUUUGAGAAGAGUAGCUUUUUAUCCAGCUAGUCAUUAAAAUCAAUUUUCUUUCCUACUUGAUUCAAUUUUUUUCCUAAGGCAGUAAAAGAUUUCUGCUUAUUCCCUAAACUGUCUGGCAGUCUGGGGAGAGUGCCAGUAUAGGGGAAAUGGAGGAGCUCUGUUUUGUAGUUAAUGAUAUCAGCUGGAAAAAUCAGAGAGGCUGUCAAAAUGGUACGCUGUUGCCAAAACAGGUAAUUCUUUAAACUUCAUGUAAUAGAAGCUGGUAGAGUAGGGGAAGAGGAAGUAGAUUCUGAUCUGAAAGUUUCAUUUACUCACUCUGUGUGUGUGUGUGUGUGUGUGUCUGUGUGUGUGUGUCUGCGUAUAUGUUGUGAUAUGAGUAGCUUCUAAGGACAGGCAGCAAGCCAAAAUAAGAGUUGUGGUAUUAUGUAGAAUUUUAAAGUGGUCAGAGUUAAAGAUAUGCCUCAUUGGGGCAUGUCGGAGGGUGCAGGGGGAGAGAAGAAAGAAAACUGUGCAAUCACAUAAACAAGAGUAGCCAACACGGUGUCCUUCAGAUAUUGUCGGACUAAAACUCCCAUCAUUCCUGACCAUUGGCCAUUGCCGACUAGGCUGAUGGGUGUUGGGAAUUCAGCAGCACCUGGAUGGCAUCAUUUCGGCUGCCCAAUACAAACCAUGAUGGCCACAUAAAAGCAUUCUGCAUGGAAGCUGUAUUGCAAACUAUGAAUCUGUGUGAGCCUGAGUGCUGUUGAGCCAUGAGCCUGGUGGCAGCCCUCCAAGGUGCCUGUGUGGGGGCCCCGUUGCACCUGAACCUGGCCCAUAUUUGAGUGAAAUGCCUUUCAUUAUGAUAGUAGGGAGAGGCUGUGUAUUGUAGAAAUUUAUCUGGGUAGCAGUACAGCUAUCUCUUGUUUCUGCAAGGCUGGGCAAUGGUGAAGGAAGGAUGUGGUGAUGACUCAGUAGGCAAACGAAUGAAGCUGCUUGCACAGUCAGGCCAUUGUUCCAUCUAGCUCAGUAUUACAGUAUCUACGCUUAAUGGCAAUAGCUGUCCCAGAGUUCUGGGCCAGGGAUUGAACUUGGGACAUUCUGCAGGCAAGGCAUGUGUUCUGCCACAUUAGAUUGAAUGGUUAGAUUGAAGUUGUAUCUACUGAGCAUAUCUCAGGAUGAGGCCACCCAAGUACUUAAAGUGCUGUUAACCAGAUUUGUGGCAUGUAAUGUACUCUCUGUUCUGCAAAUCUGCCCUGCAUAUGAUGGAAAAAAGAGCAUAUUAUGUCAUCUGCUUCUGGUGCACUCUUCUGAAAUAAAUUAAAUUAAGCAUCUUUUUUAUAUGAAAUUGUUUACAGUUGGUAGAAAACAUAGAUGCAAUUUAUUUUUAGACCUGUGUAAUAAGAUUCUCUUUUAAAUAUUUAUUUUGUGGAGGCGUCAUGAGCAGCUCAAAGCUAAGGCUCAGUUGGCAGAAAAUUGCUGUUAGUGCUUCUUUUAAUCUUAUGGAACAGGAUCAGUUACUUUAGCAAAAACAUCUAACACUAAGGCAAAUAAUUGUUUUCUGUUUUUAUAUAUAUUAUAUACCUUGUAUGCAGAUUGGUAGAUAUUUUUAGAUCUGGCCUUUGAGUGGCUUUUUCUAGCCCGGGUGUGGGAUUUAUUAAGGAACAGCUUUUGAUGGUUGAUUAAAAUGGACAUAAGAUCUUUUAAAGUCCUGUUGAUUUAAGAAAAGAAGAAGAGACUGUUGGGUGAUACCAGUGAGCCAUCUAGUCCAGGAUUCUGUUCUCACAGUGGCCAACCAGUACUAUUGGAAGCCCAUAUGCAAGCCCUGAGCGCAGGAGUGUUCUUUCUCCUCACUUGUGAGGCAUGCUACCUCUGCCAAUGGAAGAGUUUCAGUGGGAGACUUAAGCAUAUGGUGCAUAUUCCUUUUGUUAACACUUAACUUUGGCUUAGUUGUAUCCAAAGUUCUUAAUUGUCACAAUAUUUGGCAUGUAGCUGCCAUAUUCUUAAUUCCUGGAAUUUUGAAUGGAAUCAAUUUCACCUGGGCCAUCUUUCUUGUUGACCUGUUGCUCCUUACAUAUGUAGAUCCACUUCUGAGUAUUAACUCAAGAGUCAUUUGAACCAUUUCAUUUGAAUGCUCGAUCAGCAGGAAACUAACAGGAAAAUCACAGAUUUUCCAUUCUUAGAAUGUACUGUUGGAGUUGGAGAUUUCUUACAAAUUAAGCUGUGUGUUAUCUCUAACAAUGGCAUUAAUGUGCCCUUCACUAGUUUUCAAGCCCUUGCAUCUUUUUGUAUUAUUCUUUUGCAUCUCUAACCAGUCUUCAAUGUCUUUAAUCUUUUUGUCAUUAUUGUUCAGCUUUGACAACACUGUCCUAUCUUGUAUCACUAUAAUGCCUGUGGCUUUGUCUUUGAUCUUCAUCCUUAGAAAAUAGUAUAUGUAGCACUGGUGGGUGUUUUUUUAAUAUUAUAGAUAUGUGUUGUGUGGAAAUAAAAUGGCUUAACAAGAACUGGAUGCUCAGGGCCAUAUAAUUUUCCUUGUUCGAUAUUACCAUGCUGGUAUUGAAUUCCUUACAACCCAAGACUUAAUCAGAGGUCCACAAAUUAUGGCUUUGCUUGGUAGCUCAAGCACUAAUUCCUACUUUCCAUCUCUGAGAUGCAGUCCAACCAGGUUAGUGCAACAAUAGUAUUAUCAAUCUAUAAGCACAGAUAUGGUGGAAAUUAUGUAAAUAGGCUUAUUUCCUCUCUUGCCCCCUUUUAAAUCUAAGAUUGAUGUCAGUUUUGGCAGGGUUGUGUUGUAGUUGUUUUCCUUUGAAAAAUUCCAAGACUGUCAUGUUAGUUUAGGUAGUUAGCUUCCAUUGGUGUUUUCUGGCAAAAACCAUCAAAUGUUGGGAAAGUGUGGAACUUAGCCAGUAAAAUGUUUGUUUUAAUUUUCUGUCUAAUAAAAGUUGUAAAAUGAAGGGAAGAAUUUUUUUCACAAAUGAGUCCUAUGACAUGUUAAAUACUUCCCCCCCUGAAGUUUUCAUAACAAGAAAAAGUGUACUUCUGAGAUGAAUCUACUCCCUCCCCCCAAGCUUUAUCACUGAAAAUAUCUACCCACAGCUACAUGUGUUUCAUAGAAUUGUGGAGUUGGAAGGGACCUCAUCUAGUCCAACCUUGCACUGUACUUUCUUCUCUGACAGAGGAUUGAUGUCCAAGAUCAGGGGAUGGAGUUUAUUUUGUAGCUCCAAAUACACAGCAUGACUCCUGCUUUUUUGUGUCACAUUCCACCAGGGGUUCACCUCCUGAACUGGGCAAUCUUCCUCCUCCCUAGGGGUACUGCCCCUGCAUCUCUGUUCCAAGACAGUCCACUCUGGUCUAGUGAGAAUUUCCUCAUCUUGUUUGUGUUUAUCAGAAUUCAUGAAAAAACUUAUAAAACUUCAUUUAUUUUAUUUUUAUUUUAUUACAUUUCUAUUCCAACUUUCCUUCAAGGACCUCAACUUGGCAUACAUGGAUCUCCCCCACUCCAUUUUGUCUUCAAAACCCACUACCAGUCAGUGUAGACAAUAAUGUGUUAGAUGGACUUAUAGUUUAACUUUGUAUGAGGCAGCUUCCUAUGUUCCUUAGGGCAAUAAAACAGAAUUUAUUUACCCUUCUUCCUCUGUUCUUUAUUUUAAGCUCUCUCAAGAGUAGUUCAGUUUGCGAGGCUCAUGAUGAGUUUUAAUUGCCACAUUACCAAGCUCUGAAGAAAACAUUGGCUCCAAAUUCAUAUGGGCAGGUGGUUAAGCAAAUCAAGGGCAGCAAGGAAAAAGGGGGCACAAGUAGCUCCACUGUGACUAUCAUAUAACUGUCUCUGGGAGUUAUUGUGAGGCUUUUGUCUACACACAUCAUAGCCCAACAAAUUUAACUUUUCCCCAGGAGCCAUAUCAGUUUAGUAACUAUACAGAUACCCAGCUGCGUCUCAGACAUAUGCCAUGUUAUGCUGUCAAGCUGAUUAUAAUUAUUACUUUAAAUGAAAUUGGGGGUAAUUGUUUAGAACCUUAAUGGAGUAUUGUUUGUUUCUUGAACAAAACUCACAGAACUGUUAGUAGUUGUAGGACCGCUUUCCACAUCAACAUGUAUGCUGAAGAGCUACGUUAUCCUACAAAGGGUUCUGGAAGUGCUCAGUAUGUUGAAGGAAAAGUAUAAUUUGGAAAAGUUUGUCCCCAUGGGUAAACCCCUGAUAGCUGCUGCAAAUCCCAGGGUUUCCUGACACACUUGAAAACAAUUGUUAUCCAGGGAGCUGUAAAUUUUGGCUUGGUAGCCAAACAUCUUUUCCAGAAGCCAGGAAGUCUAACUUACUUAUAUCUAUUGACCAAGAAAUGGGUAAGUGCAUCACUUCUGCAGCCUUUUCCCUUGGUGAGGUGGAGUUAGCGGGAAGGAGUAGCAGGCAGGCUGAAAAGUGUGUUGCCAGCAACACAUUCCCUGUAAUCCACGACACUGCAUCGCAGCAGAAGUUGCAGGCCAUUUCCAUCUUCAUUCUUUGCUUUCCUGAAUUGCCUGAUGAUGGGAAGACUCCAUGUUUGCCCCUUUCAGCAGAGUAGUAGGAUCCCUGUUGGUGAGCGUUGGAGCAAUAUUAUAAAACACCUCACAAAAAGCCCUAUGAGUUCCAUAUCAAAGAUGGGACCUACUAGUAACUAGACCAAAUUAGUUUCUGCAGCUUCGGAACAAGGCAUUGUAACCGUACUUGCAUGUCACAGGGGAAAUCAUGAGACUACAACUGAGUUGACAUCCAGAUUUCAGCAUCAUCGUGGCGAUUACAUCCUGGAAAUAGGAGUCAUUUGCCCUCAAGCCAGCUUCUGCCAACUCUUUAAACCUAGUUACAGCAGCAGGAUGGAGUUGAAUAGCAGCAAUAUGUUGACUAAGGAGCCAGCGUGAAUAGCACCGGAAUUUUGUUUGUUACUUGCCUGGACUAUGAACUGAGACAUUGGCUUGGACUUUUCAAACCUUUUCCAGUUGACUCCAGAGCUGGUUGAACAGCCAUGGCAUUUUUUACUCCAUGGAAGUUGUCCUCUCAGAAACUUGGCUUUUUUCUGGUGACCUUUGGCUUCAUUUGGGGAAUGAUGCUGCUGCAUUUUACAAUCCAACAGAAGACUCAGCACGAAAGCAGUUCGGUGCUUCGUGAGCAAAUACUGGACCUCAGCAAAAGAUACAUAAAAGCACUGGCGGAAGAGAAUAGGAACGUGGUGGAUGGACCAUAUGUUGGUACGAUGACUGCGUAUGAUCUGAAGAAAACUCUUGCCGUCCUACUAGACAACAUCCUACAACGCAUUGGGAAGCUUGAGUCUAAAGUGGAGAACCUUGUAAUCAAUGGCACAGGUGCAAACUCCACAAAUAGUACCUCCACUGCUACUCCCAGUUCAGGAGCAGCUGAAAAACUCAAUGUUGCAGAUCUCAUUAAUGGAGCCCAGGAACAGUGUGAAUUGCCUCCCAUGGAUGGCUUCCCCCACUGUGAGGGCAAAAUAAAAUGGAUGAAAGAUAUGUGGCGAUCUGAUCCUUGUUACGCAAGUUACGGUGUGGAUGGAUCAACAUGCUCCUUCUUUAUUUACCUCAGUGAGGUUGAAAACUGGUGUCCUCGUUUACCCUGGAGAGCAAAAAAUACUAAUGAAGAAACUGAUCAAAAGACAAUGGCUGAAAUCAGAACAAAUUUUGAAUUGCUAUACAAAAUGAUGUCCAGGCAUGAAGAAUUCCGGUGGAUGAUGCUACGAAUAAGAAGGAUGGCAGACACUUGGAUAGAAGCAAUUAAAUCACUUGCUGAAAAACAAAACCUGGAGAAGAGAAAACGAAAAAAAGUCCUUGUUCAUCUGGGACUCCUCACAAAAGAAUCUGGAUUCAAGAUUGCAGAAAAUGCCUUUAGUGGUGGCCCACUUGGUGAAUUAGUCCAGUGGAGUGAUUUAAUUACAUCUCUCUAUUUACUAGGCCAUGACAUUAGGAUUUCAGCUUCAUUGGCGGAGCUCAAGGAGAUUAUGAAGAAGGUUGUUGGUAACAGAUCUGGCUGCCCAACUCAAGGGGAUAAAGUAGUGGAACUAAUUUACAUUGACAUUGUUGGGCUCACUCAGUUCAAGAAAACCCUUGGACCAUCCUGGGUUCACUACCAGUGCAUGUUACGAGUGCUAGAUUCAUUUGGGACCGAACCAGAGUUUAACCAUGCUCAUUAUGCCCAAUCUAAAGGCCACAAAACUCCAUGGGGAAAAUGGAACCUUAACCCACAACAAUUCUACACAAUGUUUCCUCACACUCCAGACAAUAGUUUCCUUGGUUUUGUUGUGGAACAAUAUCUGAAUUCCAGUGACAUCAAGCACUUCAAUGUAAUUAAACGGCAGGACCAGUCGCUUGUCUAUGGCAAAGUUGAUAACUUCUGGAAGGAUAAGAAAGCUUAUUUGGAUGUCAUUCAUACCUAUACAGAAGUUCAUGGAACUGUCCACGGGACAAGUACUGUCUACAUGCCCAGCUAUGUUAAAAACCAUGGCAUCCUCAGUGGCCGAGAUUUGCAGUUCCUGCUGAGAGGGACAAAGCUCUUUGUUGGUCUUGGUUUUCCAUAUGAGGGACCUGCCCCUCUAGAGGCCAUUGCAAAUGGAUGUGCAUUUCUGAAUCCAAAAUUUAAUCCACCCAAAAGCAGCAAAAACACAGAUUUCUUCAAAGGCAAGCCAACACUCCGAGAGUUAACAUCUCAACACCCCUAUGCUGAAGUUUACAUCGGGAAGCCUCAUGUUUGGACUGUAAACAUCAAUGACCUCUCUGAAGUUGAGAAGGCAGUGAAAGCAAUUUUGAAUCAAAAGAUUGAACCUUACCUGCCCUUUGAAUUCACAUGUGAGGGGAUGCUCCAGAGAAUGAAUGUUUUCAUAGAGAAACAGGAUUUCUGUCACGGGCAAGUGAUGUGGCCCCCAUUAAGUGCCCUUCAGGUUAAAAUUGCUGGGUCUGGGAAAUCAUGUAAGCAGGUUUGUCAAGAAAAUCAGCUCAUCUGUGAGCCAUCCUUUUUCCAGCACCUGAACAAGGACAAAGACCUCUUGAAAUACAACAUUGAAUGUCAUACAGCAGAGUCUGCAAAUGAUAUUGUGGUUCCAUCUUUUGAUGAAAAGAGAAAACACUGUGUUUUCCAGGGUGAUCUCUUGUUGUUCAGCUGUGCAGGAUCUCAUCCAAGCCACAAAAGAAUCUGCCCUUGCAGAGACUACCUUAAAGGACAAGUUGCACUUUGUAAAGACUGUCUAUAGCAGCAGCUCACUUGACUUGAUGAAGGGACAAAGCCAGUGGCUUAGUGAGAGCUGCUGCAAUUUCUUGCACUUUGCUACUGCAGGCAGAACAAUUGCUGAGGAGCAAACAUCUGUGCUACGAUGGAACAGAAAAGCGAUUUUAAAAAAAUCUCAAAUGAUUUAUAUUUUUUUCCUAAGCAAGCAAUUCUAGUGACACAGAAAUCUCUUUAAUUUACUUAAGGAGGUAACAAACGAAGUCCGGCAUUUUUUAAAGGUAAAUUAAGAGUGUUGGUUUCUUUUACCAACAACUUCUCAUGAUAAACAACUUUUCUGAAUAUUAUUUCCAGUACAAAAAAACAAAACCAGACCUGGAAGAGAUUGGUCAGUACAGGAAAGACUAACACAAUCCUGGGUAUUGUUUAUGGGGGUCUUCUGAAUCCUGAAUGGCUGGUGAACAUGGAACCACAACGGAACACAGCUACAGAAUAUCUAUUGGUUUUUAUCUCAUCUGACACAUUCUGCAAAUCCACAGCUAUGUGGUGGUCUCCACAUAGCUAAGCAAGUAGCACCAUUAACUGGUGGCUUCCUGAGUCGCAGAUCAUUUUGGUUUGAUAAUGGAUUAUGAUUGUGCCAUUCAUUGGGGCUUCUAAGCCACAUAAGCGUAAUAUUUAAAAUGUAUGGUCUUGUCUAGAAUUAUGAGUGUACCCAUCUUUCCCGGUCCCACAAAGUUUUGUUGUAGGGUGGUGAUUAGACAUACUGUUAGAUCACUGAAAAUAAAAUGGUGCCAUUGGAGCAAUAUUUUCCUCGGUAUAAGGUGGAGAAACAGUGACUGAAAGUUGAAAAUAGAAGUGAGGCAGUCAAAUUGUGCUAGUCUGUCUUUGACAGCUUGUGGGGAUUUAACAAGUUUUUAUAGGACGGACGGACAUGAACAAAACAAUGACUAUAAGCAAGUGAGAUCUCUUCCUGAAGUCCUUAAUUAAAAGUAGUUGUAGACCAGCUUUUCCCUCUUUUUAGGAAAAAGGGGUUGCUUUUGCAGCACAGCUGACUUCUUUAAAAGCACUGUUUGUGGAAGGCAAAAGAGACAUUAGAUAGAAAAUGGAUGUUUCCUCACUUUGAAGCUAAAAGCUACCACAGGUUGGGAAGAAAUAACUUGGACAAUUUUCAAUAUUAUAUCAGAGUAUGAUACUUCAGUUAUUUGCUUCUCCCCCCUCUACCCUAAACAUUCCUUACUAUUUCUACUGGUGGGAUAAUACACUUCUUUCUGCUCUUUUGUAAUGUAACUUAAUUCAUUAUUUGGCAUUCACUGUUUAUUGUGGGAAGCACUCACAUAUCUUUUGACAUACCAAAGACCAUAAGGGAAAACACCUCUUUUUUUAAGUACUAUUUAAUAUCGGCAGGGCAUAGCUCCAGAAAUGUUUGACAAGACUACAAACUUUUAAUUGUUUGUGCAUAGGAUUAAAAAUUAGCAGUGGCUGGCCCCAGUUCCAGUAACUCGUGACUGGCUUUUGUGUGAUGUCUUGGACUUCUGUAAUAGUUAACACUUGGAAUCUAGCCUUGUGUGUUAAGUUACCAGGCAGUUUCUGCCCCACACUUGUAAGUACACGGGAGCCCAUCCCUCUUUCCUUCCUUUUUAAAAUGAUCACUCUUCAACAUUGAUACCCUUGUUGGUUAUUGACUUAUUUGUUCUAAUGUGUUCUUUAUGAGGACAAACCAUCAUCAAACUAGACCUGGCAAUAAACAAAGCACUACCAAUUGCUGCUGCAGCAAAAAUGUUUGAGAAUAUAUGUGCUGUAAAUGCAUCUUAGUUAGCACAUUCAGAUUAGUUUGGCUUUAGUAACAGGGCCAGUUCCAAUCUAAUAUUUCUUCUCCAGAGAAAGAUAUAAAGUAAAUGUUGAUAUACAGUUUUACGAAUCUGAUCAUUUGCUUAGAUAUUUUUCUUUCAACAAUAACAUAAAUUUUGUCCUCUACUGCAACAUUUUAAAUGUGUUUUUGUUUUCAUACAUUGCAUCAAACAAGCCCCAAGAGAAGGAUUUGAGUUUUGUUAGUUUGUUGGUGCAAUGAAUAAUAUAGUCUUUCAGCAGGGGGUAUAUUUGUAAAUUGCUAGUUUAGACAUACUGUAUGUUGGCCAAAUGCUAUGUGGUUAUAAUGAGUGGCAGUGUACCGAGAAGGUUUAAUUGAUAACAUUUUUGUAGGGUGGUAUCAGAGUAAGCCAUAUUCAGAGCAGGCCACUGAAAUGAAUGGACUUAAAUUAUGACUAACUUCAAGUUAUUGGGUUUACUCUGCAUAUGGCAUGGUCUCCCAUUAUUUCUUCAAGCGUUUUAUGAUAUCACUGAGAAUAGGAUCAGACCUUUGAUAGGCUCAUCCAGUUAUUUCAUAGCUGCAUUUUUUAAAGUAACAGUAUACACCAAUUGUGGAAAAGAAAUGAAUUUGUGUAUUAGCCUUAUUAUGGUGUUUACUAUGAAGACUUGGCAGAUGGUACAAAAUAAGUUUCAUCUAACCAUGUUGUAGUUAGUACAGGGUCAGUGUACCUCACGCUUUUUAAGCAUCAAAAUGUGGAAGCAAAUUAAACUUGUACCAUGAUCCACACUAUCUAGAAGGUUUUUCUUCAAACCUAUCUCUAUGAAUACCUUUAAUGAAUGACACAUUGAAAACAAAUGCCUUCAUAAUCCUCUGCCAGCAUAAAGAGCAGAUGGCAGGUGAUGAUUAAGGUGGUUUUUCAUUAAAGCCAGACAAACUUAUAUAUUUGAGGGGAAUGCCUUUCUUGACUGAAACCUGGACCAUUUUUUAAAAGUUCAAAUGCAGAAAUGUGGCAUUUCACUUGAGGAUUAUUAGGAGAUCUAAGGGGAUAAAUAGAAUUGCAAAUCAUUUUGGCAGGUUUUGGCUUUGGGUGUAGUGGUCUACAAUUCAUGGAGCUCCCUGAAGUCUGAAAUAAAAUGAAAAAAUGCAUCAUGCCAGAAGCAUCAUGUCUUCAUAUAUCAAAAUUUUCUCCCUUAUUUUACAAGUUUGUAACUUGGUAUUUUUUAUUUUUUUAUAAAAAGAAAUCUUGUUCUAAGAGAUCACCAAAACCUGAGAGAAGCAUUUACGUAAUUUAUUUUUAAAGAACUUUAACAUUAAAGCUUACCUUUGAAAGGUAAAGAUUGAAUACACUGUUUAAAAAUGCCAAUAAAAACCUCAUUUAUUUCAUAUAUGCAAGUUGAUUUGCACAUCUAUAAAUAGGUAUGCUUUUCAGUACAUUUCACCUAGUUUUGAUCAUUUGUCUCUCUUGUGGUUCAGUGGGUGGGGUUGGUUUCUGCAUGGCAGUGUUGAAGCACAUUCUGCUAAUAUGUGUGCCUUUUAAUUUUUUAUUUUAAAUUGUGUGUUUGGGAUGUGAACAUUGCCUGAGCAAUUAUAAUGGAACACUAAUUUGAGGAUUUAUAUACUUUCUGUAAAUAUUGGUAUGAUUUAUAAAGAGUAUUUUUUAAUAUUGGAAAAAAGACAAAGCAAAAGUACGUACUUCAAGCUGCAACAGCUCAAAGAGAAUGCUACCUAUUGAUAUUUGUACUUGAAUGUUUGUGUCUAAACACAAUGCGCUUAUAUAUGAUGCAUUAUCCAUGCUAAAUCUUAGUAAAGGAGGGAGGAGAGAAUAUAGUUAGCUAAUCCCCAUCUGCCUGGUCUUAAAUGGUUUGGUAGUGUACUUUUCAUGUUCCAAGUGACAGGAAAUUGUUGACGUCCAAUAUCAAAGAAUUAGAAAUGUAAAUUGGUAUGUACAUGAUUUUUCUCUCUCUCUCAAAAGAAUGCAGUUCAGUAUGUUCUUCUAUAAAUUACUAGUACUUCACUGGCAUGAUCUUUUGAAGAAAUAGGUUAUUUUCUUGUAGGAAAUGAAGUUCUUAACACAAACUUUCGCAAGUAUGAAGGCACUCCUGUUAAGUUCUUCACAUUUAGUAGUAGGUAAGGUUGACCACAUAAGCACUCCAGAAGUUGUUUAGAGAGAAAAGUCCCUUCCUGUUUUUCUUCAAAGGAGGUGUAAUUGCUCAUCCCUGUAGCAUCAGAGAGUGCAUGUCCCCUAGCUCAAGUUCACACAGCUGCCAUGGCAUGUUAUGUGCUUCUAACAUUCACACCACUCUUGUAGAAUAAGGAUUAUCAGACGCCUAACACCAAGUCACAAGGAGCAGCCUAACCACCUCAAGCAAGUGCAGAGAGACUGGUGUUGUAUGGGUCUACCUAUGCACUUCCUCAAAAAUAGUCAGAUAUACUACAGGAUAAAUUUUUGAGCACAAGUGGUGACACUUGUAAUAGCAUUGGGCUUCCUUCUUUUUACAAAUUGCCACAGAGAAGAACAUUGCCUCCCAACAUGACUGAAUACUCGCACGUUAUUUUGUCAGUGUGGCUCUGGUUAUAUAGCUGUCCAAUAUGGAGAAUUUUUAGUGUGUGUAAGUAGGCCCUAAAUCAAUUCCUCUGAAAAGUCUAUAGAAACUUCCAUUUGUAACUGGGGAUAAAAAUGUAUUUAGCAUUAUAAUUAAUCAUUCAACAUUUUAUACCUUGAUGGUACGAUGCCCACUGGUUGUCUUGACAGGCUGCUUAGUUUUUUAAAAAUGUGCUUGGGAGCAAUUCAGGGACGGUUCACUAUGUCGUCCCGUCCCCCCCAAUAACUUUUGUUGCAAAAGUUAUAAAGUUUUUGAGGCACACAAUUGAAUUAACUACAUAACGCAGUGGCCUCCCCAUAAUUAGUGCCUUUGUUCUUCUAUUUUUGAAAGUGAGCUUUCUAAAGAAAGAAUAGCCUUCAUACAGGUUCUGAAUUGAAAAGGGUGUCGUGACAGCUACAAAAUCACUGUGCAUUCACAAUGGAUGUUAGUACUAGUAAUUGUGGUGGGUUAUGCCUGAAGAUUAUAAAUCUCAAUAGGUUUCAUACAAUACUAGAUCAUUGCUUCCUGCCUUUUGGGCAAAAUAGAGGCCAUUCAUAUUCUAGGUAACUGCUGUUUAUUUAGUGCAACAAUUGAAGAGAGUUACUGUUGAAAAGGCAUUGAUAGGUGUUUUAAGCUGGUUAUGCAGUAUGUCCUCUGGCUUUGAUUAUAUGUGGUGCUCUAGAUGGCUGUUGUGAAAUGCAACAAGCAAUUGCAAUUGUCAUGCAAGUUUUUGUUUUAUAUAUAUAAAAAAGUAUCAACAUGCAGAGUUGUACAUAGCCCAUCAAUGUCCUUAGUAAUAGCUGGUUCCUUCCACCCUUUGAUAAAAAUCUUAUCUUUCAUCCACAAUAAGAACCUCUUUUUUAAAAAGUCUUAUUCAAAGGAGGCAUCUUCCAGCAAUCCAUCUUAAUCUAUCAAAUGCCUUUUCCUUUUAAAAACAAAAACAAAAACUGGGUGUUUUGCUGCUACCAGCAUGAUUAGGUGCUCUUUGAACCAAUUCCUCUUUGAACCAAUUCACCUAAUAUGAAACCAUAUGUUAUACAAAGAUGCUAUAACUAUUAUUUUACUUUGAUUGGUUCUCAGCAGUUUUAAAUGAUUGGUGUGGUUUCUGCUUUGCUAAAGGAACCCUAUACACCAUUUUUAUAGAUGGUCUUUUUGCUUAUUUUUUUUAAUCAAUAACUUUAGAGGUAAUAAAGUACCAUUCCAACUUAAAUUAUUGGUGCCAUCACAUUAAAAUAGCAUAAUAGGUACACAGAAAGAGACAUUUUCAAAGUCUAUUCUGUAUUCUCUUCCACCAGAACAACCUUGCAAGGAAAUCCAGGAACAGGUGCAUCCUUCCAACUCAUGCCAAUUUGUAUCAUGUUAACCUUCCUUCCACAUGAAACUAGACUAAUUCAAAAUAUCUGAAAUUACAACCUCCUGCUUAUAAUGUUGCAAGAAUAAUUAGGAUUGUUCUGCAGAAAACUUAGUAAAUAGUCACUCAGAUGCUUGAACUACAAAUUGCCUUAAGGCAAUGCUGUGGACCUGGUGGUCCUCCAGCUUUUACCGCAGUCCCAUUAUAUCUGACCACUGCUGAUGCCAGUCAGUGCUGAUAGGAUUUGGGAGUCUAACAGUACCUGGAAAGCAAGAGAGUGGCUAUUUAAGAAGCUUUGCUCAUGGCUAGCGCUAUUUUUCUAGGAAAAGGUGCUGGAACUCACCCUGAACGCCUCCCUUGUUCUCUUAUAAUGGCAAUGACACCCACCUGAGAGGGACAAAAAAUAAUUAAAAAAUCCUACCCAUGGCUUACAGUGCAGCUAGGGCUUUCUUUUUCUCACUUUGGAGCAAAGCUGGUUUAGGGAAAAGCACAUCAGAAUGCAGCAUUUUAUAUGAAACAACAGGGCAGAUAUGAAUUGCAGCUAAAGUCAUGUGCACACCACUUCCCAAACCAGGAGUUUACUGGAUACAAAGUAAACAGGCAUGUAUACACUGCCCAAGACAAAGCCUAACUACUGUCACCUUGCUUGUGCUGAUAUUUUAACAACCACAUUUAAGCAGUUUGAAUCAAUUUAAAGCAACUAAAAUUACCGCCUAGUUUCAAUUAUGCAUUCUCUGUUGUCCUUAACUUUGUUUUACUAGGAUAGGUAGCAGCUAUUGAGGAGUGAAUGUACACAGCAUAUAAAAUAAGAAGAGCCUGCUGGAUUAGGCCAGCGGCUCAUCUAGUCCAGCAUCUUGUUCUCACAGUGGCUGAACAAGUUGCAUAUGCUUCAGACAUAAGACUCACACCUGCAGCAACUUCCACAUUCCAUCUGCCAUAAAUAAUUGGGUUCUAAUGGCCAGUAUUGAUAUCUCUCUUAUCUGUGCUUGUUUCUAUUUAUCCCAGUCUCCUGGAAUUGAUUUCCAGUACCUUAAGCUUCUUAUACUGAGUGGCUCAUGCUUCGCUUCUUCUUAUUCUAAAAAAUUUAAAUGUUUUCCACAAUUCUACCCAUAGCUGCCAAGUUUUCCCUUUUCUCGCGAGGAAGCCUAUUCAGCAUAAGGGAAAAUCCCUUAAAAAAAGGGAUAACUUGGCAGCUAUGAUUCUACCUUUCACACUCUAAAUCUCCUCUGGAUGUAAAAUUCCCAUAGUAAAGACUGAACAUAUUGUGCAUAAAUUGACUAUAUUACAGAGCAGGUAGGAAGGUCAGUCAAUAUAUUGCAAAUGUUAAAGUGUGUGUGUAUAUAUAUAUGUUAUGCUAUAGAAAUAGCAUAUACAAGAUGAAUGUACCUUGGUAUUAUAUCUUACUGAAUACUAUAUAUUCAGGACACUGAAUGAUGCUACUUAACUAUGCCCUGUCAUUUUUUAUAUAUAUAAACAAAUUAAUUUCCUUGGUAUUGAUGUAUACAUGAAGGUACCAGCUUUGCUUAAUAACCCACCAUUUGGAGUGUGUUUGUAUCAAGUGACCCCCCCCACACACACUACUACUACAAUUAUGAGAGUGACUUCUUGUAUUGGAAUUGGUCAUAUCCUGUAUAUAGCAGUAGGUGUUUAUGGGACACUUUCAGUUGCUAGUUCUAAUUAAACUUCUCCUUGAACCCAAUGCCACAGGGCAAGUAGUUUACAAUAUGACUUUUCACUGGCAAACCAUGCAGAAGGCUUGCAUAGCUUACUGAAACCCAGGUUCUAGGCAAAUGGCAUUGUUUUUGUCUGACAAAACAAAGCUUACCUCCCAACUUAGACUUGUCCUAUUUUUUAGAACAGAAAGCAGUGAGUAGUACAUAUAUUCACGGCUCUCCUGUUUCACUAAAAUAAGCUAAGCAGUCCAUAGCCAGGGGUCAAGAUCACAACAUUAACAUUUGGCUAAUAAGAGAAACCCUAAAAAAAGUGUGCAACAGAGAAUAGCAAGUCACUGACUAUCUCUAUAAAUAUAACAUUGAAAGUCAAAAUAUUGUUUGUAAUGAGAAGUGUUAGCUUCCCAGUUCUGAGUACUGUUCAGCAGAGUAGUAGGUUAAGGUUUAAUAAGGAUUUUAAUCUGUUUCACAAGCACUGAUUAUGUUUUUUAAAACAAUACAUGCUUGAAAUUUUGUGGGGGUUUUUUUAUUUCUUAAAUUGUGUUCCGUUAUAUUUUGUUUAAGCAGGUUGCUUCACAGCAAGUAACUGUAAAAUUAGAAGAUUAACAACAUGGGAAACUUAAAACCAAGGUGUAAAUAUGUAUGUAUUCUCAUGGCUGACAAUGCUUCCUUUCCCCACCCCCACCAACUGUUGUAGGGCAAACUAGGGAAAAUUUUAUUUUUCAAUAAACUUUUUCUUGUGUGA